AUGGAGGGGGGGAUGGCGGAGGCCACGGGUGGCGGCGACUGGCGGGCGCUGUUGGAGGCGGCGUGCGCGGAUGAUAGGCGCGGCGGGGAGCAGGAGGCGGCGCGGAGGCAACUGCAGGCCCUGGUGCGCGGCGGCCACGUGGCGCUGAGCGACGUGCUGGGCGGCAUGGGACCGCACCUCACCACCGCCGACGGCGCGCUUCGAGCCAGAGGUGCGCUCCGAGCCAGAGGUGCGCUCCGAGCCAGAGGCACGGCGCUGCUAGCGGCGCUGGUGGAGGCCAUGCUCAAUGCUCGCCGCACGGCGCUGCUAGCGGCGCUGGUGGAGGCCAUGCUCGCAGUGCCGCUGCCACCGCCCACACUCGCCACUCUCGCGCGCUACUUCGCUCUCCGCAUGGUGCGCCCCAUCCCGCCCCGUCCCCACUGCCAGGCGCCACACCCUUCCCAACAGCAACUGCUGCGCCCAUUGCCUUGUGUUGUCGCCACGUGCAGAGCUCGCUUGCACUCCUCUCGUUCUCCUGCUCAUCUGUCGCCCACCCCCCACUUGCUCAUCUGUCGCCCACCCCCCACUUGCUCAUCUGUCGCCCACCCCCCACUUUCUCAUCUGUCGCCCACCCCCCACUUGCUCAUCUGUCGCCCACCCCCCACUUGCUCAUCUGUCGCCCACCCCCCACUUGCUCAUCUGUCGCCCACCCCCCACUUGCUCAUCUGUCGCCCACCCCCCACUUGCUCAUCUGUCGCCCACCCCCCACUUGCUCAUCUGUCGCCCACCCCCCACUUGCUCAUCUGUCGCCCACCCCCCACUUGCUCAUCUGUCGCCCACCCCCCACUUGCUCAUCUGUCGCCCACCCCCCACUUGCUCAUCUGUCGCCCACCCCCCACUUGCUCAUCUGUCCCCCACCCCCCACUUGCUCAUCUGUCGCCCACCCCCCACUUGCUCAUCUGUCGCCCACCCCCCACUUGCUCAUCUGUCGCCCACCCCCCACUUGCUCAUCUGUCGCCCACCCCCCACUUGCUCAUCUGUCGCCCACCCCCCACUUGCUCAUCUGUCGCCCACCCCCCACUUGCUCAUCUGUCGCCCACCCCCCACUUGCUCAUCUGUCGCCCACCCCCCACUUGCUCAUCUGUCGCCCACCCCCCACUUGCUCAUCUGUCCCCCACCCCCCACUUGCUCAUCUGUCCCCCACCCCCCACUUGCUCAUCUGUCGCCCACCCCCCACUUGCUCAUCUGUCGCCCACCCCCCACUUGCUCAUCUGUCGCCCACCCCCCACUUGCUCAUCUGUCGCCCACCCCCCACUUGCGCAUUCCUCCCCUCCUCUUUCUCCCGUCCAUCUCAUCUUUAUUCGCCCCCUCCCUCCCGGCCCCCCUCUGCCCCACCUGCUCACCCGCCAGGCGGACUGGCCGUGUGUGAGGGGGGCGCUGGCGGGGGCGCUGGCGCUUCUGCAGAGGGGGGAGGGGGUGGGCGCAGUGGCGGGGGGGGACGCGGGGAGCAUGGCAGCAGCGGUGGUGGAGGUGCACGUGCAGGCGCUGCCCCAGGCUGACCGGAUGCUCGCCCUGCAAGUGCUGCGCGCCCUCCUGGAGCGCCACCUGGCAGCGGCCCCCUCCCAAGCACAGAAGGGCGUGGGAAAGCGAGCGGAGAAGGGGGGGGUGCAGUGGGCGGGGCUAGCGGGGGGAGUGGUGGCGGUGGUGGAUGGGGAGAAGGACCCGCGCUGCCUGCUGCAGGCGCUGCGCAUCGUGGCACUGCUGAUGGGAGCUCUGCACCGGGAGGGCGGUAGCGCUGCUGUGGGCGCCGUGGCGGAGGACCUCUUUGAUGUCGUCUCUGCUUACUUCCCCGUCUCCUUCUCCCCUCCGCCCAAUGACCCGCGGGGAAUCACACGAGAGGACCUUGUUCAGGCGCUGCUGGGCGCCUUCCAGAGCACGCCGCUAUUCGCCCCCAUGGCCAUCCCGCUGCUCCUCGACAAGCUCUCCUCCUCAUUCACCACUGCCAAGCUGGACUCCCUGCGUUUCCUCACUGCCUGUGCCACCGCCUGGGGACCCCAUGCCAUCGCCCCCCACGCACCCGCCAUCUGGCACGCCCUCAUACCCCUCCUCCCCGCACUGCACGCCCCACCAUCGCUCAGCACCUCUCCCACGCCCUCGCCCUCCGCACCGUCGGGCAGUGACCCAGAGAUGUCAGCAGCGGCGGUGCAGUGUGUGGUGGCGUGCGUGAGAGCCACUCUGCCCCGCUGCAGCAGCAGCAGUGAGGGGGGAAGCGCCAUCGGGGGUGAGCCUGCACACCCCUCCGUGCUGGCCGUGAUGUUAGAGGAUGAGCGCGUGCUGCACGUGGGGGGGCUGCUCGCACAGGGCGGGCGGGAGAAGGGGGAGGGAUGGGGAGAGGCAAGGGAAGAAGGGAUGGCAGGGGUGGCAGGGAUGGCAGGGAGAGUGAGGGCAGCAGGUGAGCUGCUGGCCUCUGUGGCCCACGUGUCCCCCUCUGCCUCCUCUGCCGUCUCUGCUGCCCUCCUUCCGCCCCUCCUGCGCCUGCUGCUGCCCCCUUCCGCCCACGGGCAGGGGGAGGGAGGCUCGAAUGCUGGAAGAGGGGAGAAGGAGGGUGGGGAGGGGGGGGAGAGUGAGAUGUGCAGAGCAGUGCAGAGGGAACUGAUGCAGCCACGUGGCAUGAUGGCAUUGGAUGUGCUUGUGAGCCUUAUCCGAGCUGCAAGGGACGUGGCACAAGAGGAGUGGGAGCAAGAAGCGGGCGAUGGGAAGCGCGGGACAGAAGGAGGCAAUGAGGGGGAGAGAGGGAAAGGAGGGGAGGCGAGGAGAGGGGGGGAGAGGGCAGAUGUGACGGUGGUGGCGGAGAGGGAGCGCCUUCUGCUGCUCUUCCGCUCCGCUCUCGCCCUUGCAGUGGCCGGGGACAGCCAUGGUGCAGAGGAGGGGCAGGGGAGCAGCAGUGGGGCGAGAGAGCAGCGCAGGACGGCCCGGUGUGAGGAAGCAGCAGCACUUGGAGUGGCUGGGUUGGAGUGCCUGGUGUCUUUCCCGCCGUCCUUCUCCCCUCUCUCCCCCGCCCUCCUCUCUCGUGCUGCUGCUCUCAUCACUCAUUCGCUCGUCCACCUGCCGCUCCCCCCUGCCCACCAUGCCACUACCACCACCGCCGCCGUCACUGCCACCACCACCCACUCUUCCACUGCCCACACCACGGCACCGCAGCACCCUAGUAAGACCAGCAGCACCGCCCGUGCCUCCCUCCUCGCCACUCCAAUAGCCCCCGCCAGCUCUCCCUCAUCGCACCCACAGCCAUUCUCCCCGCCCCUCCCGCCCCCCACGCCUCCACUCGCCCGCUGCCUGGUGCGCGCCCUCUCCUGCCUUGCCCACGCCGAGGCCAGGUGGGGGAGCGCAGAGAGGGGCGAGGGGGGCGAGGGGGACGAGGAGGAAGACGGAGGGAGAGCAGGAGGAGAGGGCAGUGGUGGUGGAAGCGGUGAGGGUGAUGGGAGUGGGGACGAGGAGGACAGUGUGAGUGUGAGGGAGGUGGUGCUGCCGCUGCUGGCAGUAGUGGGGGAGGAGGUGAUGGGGGGGCGCUCUGUGGGGGCGGAGGAUACAAGUGGCGGGGAAGCGGAGGAGGCAGGGGCGGAAAGGGAGAGCACGGAGGGGGGGGACGCAGGGCGGGUGAUGGUGUGUGGGGAGGCGCUAGCAGCGGUGGUGGGGGAGGUGGCAGCAGCACGGCACGUGGUGUUGCCUGCCCUCUCUGGCCUCGCCCUCCGCGCCUGCUCCGCCCACCCCAUCCCAGGGUGUCAGCACGAGCCAAUCAAGGCACUGCUUCAGAUCCUCGCCACUCGCAUCCUUCCCUUGUGUGACGGUACCCGCCCCUCCGAUUCCGCCUUUCUCUGCAACCAUGCCACGGCUCUCUUCCGUGCUUUCUCUUCCACGUUCACCUUCACCCACAGCCCCUCCACCCCCGCCCCCGACAUUUCCCCCUCCACCGCACCCGCUCUGCCAACCCCCACUGAUGCGGCCCUGCUGGCAGCAGCAUGUGCCGCACUCACUGUUGCCGCCCACCGCUGCUCCCAUUCUGACCAACUCGCCCUCCUCUCCUCCCUCGCCCCUCGCUUGCGCCUCCUCUCCUCUUCCUCUUCCUCCUCCGCCCUUCCCAUGCGCACUGAGGAGCCUCUGAAUCGCCUCACAUCCGCACUGCUGGUGGCCCUGCGCCCACCGUUGCUCACUGCAGACGCCACUCACACCACUCUCACAACUCACACCGCGCUCUCAGCAGCUCAGGAGAAAGAGGGCCCAUCACAGGGCGAGCACACGGAGGGGAAGGAAGGCGUCACUGGUGCAGCAAGCGUAGACCACAUGGCUCUGCUGCAACGCCUCUUGCACCACCUCUCCCUCAUUGCCACGUCACCGCCUGCCCUUGUGUCUGCUGACUCAGCAGAUGCUGCCAGCAUGGCAGUGGCGUCGCUUAUCAAUAAGUGGCCCAAGGAGGGGAGGAAGGUUCCAGGAAGCAGCACAGUGUGGUCGGUGGAUGAGGCACUGCAGAUGGUGCUGGGGGAGGUGCUGGGGGUGGAAGGGGUGGGGGAUGGGGAGGCGGAGGAAAAAGGAGAAGUGAGGGCAGGAGGGUGGGCGGGGCAGGAGGGAGUGAGGCGGGUGCGGUUGCUGGCAUGGGUGGGGUGGGCGGUGGCGGCGAGAGGUCAUGCGAGCAUGGCACGGGUGGCUCAUGCGCUGCUGCAGGCUGCCAUGGGGCAGAAGGGUGCGGUGGAGGGCGAGGAGAGGCUGGAGGGGGGUGCACGGGAGAACGGAGAGGAGGGUGGGGGAAACAUGGGAGGUGCAGAGGGGGGGAGCGAGGCAGCAGGGAGUGCAGUGGGGGUGGCAGCAGCGGAGGGGUUUGGAGUGGUGAUGGGGCAGGGCGCGCAGUGGCUGACCUCCCACUGCCACUGCGCGUGCCGCCCGCUCUACCAGCAGCGCUUCCUCUCCGCCUUCCUCCCCGCCCUCGCCUCCUCCCUCCCCCACAUGCCACCUUCCCCAACCUCCCAUGCCCACAGGUGCACUUCCCUGCUUGCUGCUCGCUGCUCUGUCGCCGUCCUGUUCGCCCAUCACUGCUGCCAUCUGCACUCGCAUCGCCCGUCGCCUUCACGACCCUUAAUCUCCUCCCUUUGCAAUCGUUUAUCCUUUUCCUCUCUCCCCACCCCUCCUCCCCCUCAGAGCCCAGUGUCUGAGAGCAUUCGCUCACACAGUGGCCAACGCCCCGCCCGCUGCGCUGCUCCUCUCCGCCCCGCAGCACAUACCCCACUGCCCGCUCCUCACUACCUUGCUGCCCCUCCCUGUCAAACCCUCCUCUCUCUCCGCCCCUGCGCCUAUCAGGUGCUGCCGCUGCUGCUCUCGGCACUCGCGUCCCUCGCACCCCACCGCAUCGACUCAGAUCGCCUGCACUCACUGCUGCUGCUGCUCGCCUCCUUCGCCACCUCGCAGGGCACCGCACGGGACCUGUGUGGGCAGCACCUCACCACCAUCGUCACCACCCUCCUCGCCCUCGCCUCCUAUCCCCACUCCAUGGAGGUUCGGGAGACGGCAGUGCAGAGCCUUACAGCGCUGGCAGCGCUACCACACACACAAGUGUUUCCGCAUCGUGCCAAGGUGCUGAGAGCAAUGGACGGGUGUCUGGAUGAUCCCAAGCGGGCUGUGCGCCAUGCCGCUGUCGGGAUUGAGAUGAUGGUCAAUCCUCCCUCCACCUUCGUCGCUGUUCUCGUCACCUCGCCGAAGCGCGUUGCGCCAUUCGCAUUCCGCCGCGAUCGGGUCGGUGUCGCUAGCGCCAUGACGGAGGGCCUUCCGCCGCCGCAGAACGCGGUGGAUCCGACAGCGGAGCUGGCGGCGGGGGCGGCGGCGCUGGAGGCGGAGCUGCUGGACGUGCUAGACGACAAGGGCCACCCCACGGGCGAGGCGCUUCCGCGCGGCGAGGUGCACAGGCGCGGGCUGUGGCACCGCGCGGUGCACACGUGGGUGUUCGCGGAGAACAGCGCGCAGCUGCUGCUGCAGCGGCGCGCGGCGCACAAGGAGUCGUGGGGCGACAUGUGGGACGUCUCCAGCGCCGGCCACGUCACCACCGGCUGCUCCUCCCUCCUCACCGCCCAGCGGGAGAUGGAGGAGGAGCUGGGGCUGUCACUGCCGGAGACCGCCUUCCAGUGGCUCUUCCAAGACACCUUCCAAUCGGUGCUAAAGGGAGGCACGUACAUAAACAACGAGUUCAGUGACGUCUACCUCAUCACCGUACCAGAGCCGCUCCCCCUCUCCGCCUUCACACUGCAAGAGUCGGAGGUAGCGGAGGUGAAGUGGGUGCCAUGGAGGGACUACGAGGCCUCUCUGCGCGCCAAGGACCCUCGCUACGUGCCCUUUGACGUCGAGUCGCCCAAUGGCUACCGGCAACUCUUCACACACCUUGAGAAGCUAUCUGCCCCCUCUUAG